AUGAAGCUAAAGAUUUAUAUGACACAGCUUUUAGAUACCCUUGCUUCAAUCAUUGGUCUACGGAAAUAUUGUGUAUUAAGAUUCACUCCAACUCAUUUAAACAUCAUAUCUGCUGCUUUGAAUGAACCACAAGUAUGGUGUAAACUAUCCAAUAACCUAUUUGAACACUAUGAAGUUGAAUCAUUACGUGAUAAUACCAUAAGUUUUGAAAUGAAUAUUGAACAAUUAUUACAAGUAUUGAAACAAUUUGAAAAAUCAAAUUCUGAUAAAUUAGCUAUACGAUUACAGAAAAAGGGUAAUGAUUCUGGUAAAAGAAGUGCAAGUCUUGCUGUUUUCUUUGAUGAUACUAUAUCCACUACAAAUACAGUGACUCAUACUUUUAGUAUAUCUGUUAGAUUAUUAAGAAAAGAAAGUGAUGAAAGAAUUAAUGAACCUGAAUUAUCAAAUGUUGAUGUAUUGAUGAAAUUACCACCUGAUAUUAGUUCAUUAUUCAAGAGAAUUGAUAGAUACAGAAGUGUCAAUUUCCUUAAGAUUAUAGGUUCAAAGAAAGGUUCAUUAUCAUUAAAUGUUCAAGAGGAAAAUAAUUUAAAUGUUACAAUAACAUGGAAUGAAAAACUUCAAGUUCAACAAAAAAAAGAUUCUUUAACGAAUAUUGAAGAUGAUGAAGAUGAUGAAAAUUUUGAAAUAUUAGUUAAAUUAAAAGAUUGGAAAUUAGGUUCAAGAAUCUGUGAUAUUUGUAAAAAUUUAGUUUUAAUUAUAAGUCAAGAAGAAGCUUUAGUUUUACAUUGUUAUCUUGAUGAUGAUGAAUCAUGUGAAAUUAUCUACUUUAUAAGUGGUGUUAAUCAAUGA